CGGAAGUGUCCCACAACGAGGAAAAUUUACGAACAUGGUUCUGGCAGCAUUGGAAUUUCGUACCCGCCAUACUAUUGGGGAAUACUUUUCGAUUGCAGUACCUUUUCUGUUAGUUUAAGUAUUAGCGCCAAUUGAUUGUUACAGACGUAUUUUAAUUUCUUGGAACGAUGUCAAAUACAACACAGAAACACAGAAAUUUUGUGGCUGAGCCAAUGGGUAACAAACCUGUGACAGAUCUGGCUGGAGUUGGAGAAGUUCUUGGCUGUCGUCUGGAGAAUCAAGGAUUUGAUAAGGCAUCUGUUGUGUUGGGGCAGUUUCUAGUACUGAAGAAGAACAAAGAAUUAUUUCAAGACUGGAUGAAAGAUGUGUGCGGAGCAAGUAGUAAGCAAUCGAGUGAUUGCUACCAGUGUUUGUCUGAUUGGUGUGAUGAAUUUCUGUGAAUACAGAUGAUGAAUCCUGCCCUUACAUUUAUAUUACAGUGUGUGUUGUGUGGUCAGACAUAUAACAAUUCUUUUAUGAUGGCCAUACUUUUUAUGUAUCUUAUACUCUUAAAACAACACUUCUUUUCAUCUGUACUCAUGUGAAGUUUAAUGUUGGAUGGUUGGCUGGUUAAUUUGAGUUUUAAAAAGUUCUAAUACUUGUUAACAAGUUCAGUGUUAAAAUAAAGAUAACACACUUUAAUUCUAACAUUCUGUUUAGUAUUUAUUAUGGUAUGCAGAGAUGAAAGUAAUGUAUUGUAGAAGACCAGGAAAUGCAUUAGGCCUACAGAUGUAUGUAAAAUAUUUAAAAAUAUACAGAAAGAAGAAAGCCUUGUAACUGGUUUUCACUUAACUGGGGUUGAAUAAUAUGUGGAGCUAAAAGUGAUUCACCUUCUGAAAUUUCCCAAAAUGAUACAUUAAAAAUAUGAAAGUCAACAUUAUCCCAAGAAUUUAACAUCUUCGUAAGGUAUAUAAAUUGUGUUUUGUAUAUGUAUACAGUUCAAUGAGGUUUAAUAUUGUGUAUGAUACAUAAUUUUAACCAAAAUAAAAAAUUUUAUCGAUAAA